AUGAUCGAAGAUUCCUCUAAAAACAAUAUGUUACACUUGGUUGGAAGAUUAGCUCCUUGGCAUAAACUAAAGCUGCGCACUGGUGCAGCAUUACAACUACAAAGAGAGCUUCAAUGGCGUGAGGUAGUGAAGAAGCUAGUAUCUCCCGCCUACCAUACUAAAGAGAACAUUUUUAAUGAGACACCGGAUAUAGUAUUUACAAAGGAACACAAAAAUUUGGUGAAGGAGGGAGAGAAGUGGAUGAAAACAGUAGCAGAAUCAUGCAGCAUCACUGCAGCGCUGAUUACGACAAUCGUAUUUGCAGCAGCAAUUACGGUGCCAGGUGGAAGCCAUCAAGAAAAAGGCUUCCCCCUGUUUAGAGGACAAAUUGCCUUCAAGAUCUUUGGUCUAUCAGAUGCAAUCUCACUAUUUGCAUCCAGUACAUCAUUACUAAUGUUCCAAUCCAUACUCACUGGCCGUUUUUCUGAGCAAGAUUUUCUGGUCAGUUUGCCAAGACGAUUAAUUAUUGGUCUUUGCACCUUAAUGAUAUCAACAACUGCCAUGAUGGUGGCCUUCAGCGCGACCUUGUUCCUUGUCUUUUGUCAUGGAAAACGAUGGAUGCUUGCUCCGAUAUGUGUAUUAGCUCUCCUCCCGAUUGCAUCUUUUGCUACUUUUCAAAUCCCGUUGAUGGUAGAUCUAUUUCGGUCAACAUACGGGUACAUUGGCUCAAUCGAAACAGGAAAGCAGAAACAGAUCCAGGAUAAAGUUUCAACAGAAGGGAAUGUCACAAUUUCAACUGAAAUACAAACAGUGGGCGAAGACACAAAACAAAAAGGGAAAAACAAGAUCAUACGCAACAGGGAGUUGCGUCAAGAUAUUGAGGAAGGAAAUUAG